AUGAUUAAACAACAGCAACUUAAGGCGCAAAGCACCCAGGUCCUUCAGACCAUUACAUACGCCAUAUAUGCAUAUAAUUCAAAGACGGCAGAACAAACGCAAAGGUUGAAAUAUGGAGAUUUAGAGAUAGUAUUGAAAAAUGACCGUUUCGAAUUCGUUUGCAAAGGUGGUGCAGUGAUAUCAAAUAUAAAAGAAAUUUUAUUUAUGAAUUCAAAAAUUAAAGGAAUAACGGAUGAUAUAACAUCAAUUCCACCAGAAGAACAGAGAUAUUACACAUUAAAUGCAUUUCCUAAAGUUUUGAAGAUUGGAAGAUUUAAUUUAAAUGAGGAAUUCAUAGAAGGUUUCCUAAACGACAUAAUGAAGAAGGUGGAUAAGGAAUAUGUGGAUAGUGAAUUAAAUAAGAAGGCAAAUUUGGUUUAUGUUGAUGAAAAAGAUAAUGAAAUUAAAGAAAAGGUUGAAUGGUAUCAUGAAUGGACAUCGGAGACUUUUAAAGUUAAAGCUGAUACAGGGUGGGUUUCAGGAUGUUUAGACCUUAAAGCAGAUAAACUUAUGUUGAUGAAAAAGAUAAUGAAAUUAAAGAAAAGGUUGAAUGGUAUCAUGAAUGGACAUCGGAGACUUUUAAAGUUAAAGCUGAUACAGGGUGGGUUUCAGGAUGUUUAG